GCUCCGCGGUCUCCAUCCCGGGGGCUCCGCGGUCUCCAUCCCCGGGGCUCCGCGGUCUCCAUCCCGGGGGCUCCGCGGUCUCCAUCCCCGGGGCUCCGCGGUCUCCAUCCCGUGGGGUCCGCGGUCUCUCUCCCGGGGGCUCCGCGGUCUCUAUCCCGGGGCCCCAUUGCGUCUGCAUCGGUUUCCCUGACUGCGGUUCCAACCUCUGCGCCAACCUCCACCCGGGGGAAGGCCCAGGACGCCGGCGGGAAAGCGGAAGCUCACGGAGGCCGCACAGGCCGCCCUGGUUCUGCGCACCUGGGGUCUGGGCUUUUGCUGCAGGAGGAAAGCGUCUGCCGCCGGUGCAGGUGGUGCAGAAGCCCGGGGACUGUGUGCAGAAGCCCGGGGACCACGUGCAGAAUCCUGCCAUCCAGGGAGGCCACCUCCACCCGCCAGGCCUCACUCAGCUCCCGCUGCCUCCUGGGCGUCGGCAGUGUCUGACUUGCGCUCUGUCCUCUCCGCCUAGCAUGCUGACCUUGUUGAGGCCAGUGGGCAUCCUGUACCUGUCUUCAGGAUUAUUGGUACUAGCUCAGUUUAGAGGACACUUUUCACCCAGGAUGAAUCAGAUUUUCCUGACUCCCUCCCGCAUGAUAAAUCGCGGUGUGGGUCUGAAAGUAGAAGGCUCGAGCUUCACGCUGGACGGCUCCCCCUUCCUGAUCAUAGCAGGCACCAUCCACUACUUCCGGGUGCCCAGGGAGUACUGGAGGGACCGCCUGCAGAAGCUGAAGGCCUGCGGCUUCAACACGGUCACCACGCAUAUUCCCUGGAAUCUUCAUGAACCAAGAAAAGGCUGGUUUUAUUUUACUGCAAACCUGGAUUUCGUGACCUUCGUAGCCAUGGCUUCGGAGGCAGGGCUGUGGGUCAUCCUGUGUCCCGGCCCCUAUGUUGGCGGUGACCUGGACCUUGGAGGUCUGCCCAGCUGGUUACUCCGGGAUCCAAAAAUGAAGCUGAGAACAACUUACAAGGGCUUCACUAAAGCAGUGAAUCACUAUUUUGAUAAGAUAAUUCCCAUGAUAGUACAACUCCAGUAUGCAAAGGGAGGCCCCAUCAUUGCUGUGCAGGUUGAGAAUGAAUAUGGUUCAUAUCAUCAGGAUAAAAGAUACCUGAAAUACAUUAAAAAGGCCCUGGUUACAAGAGGGAUUAAGGUGUUGCUUAUGACCGGAGAUGACGGAGAAGCGCUGACCAGAGGCCACUUGACUCAGGCACUCUCCACCGUUCACAUGAGACACAUAAAGAAAGAGACUUACGACACGCUCUUCUCACUCCAGGGUCGGAGCCCCAUACUGAUGAUGGUGUACACAGCAAGAUCUUUGGAUGGAUGGGGCACUGCCCCCCAUUUUGCAGAUUCACAUAUGUUAAAGAAAGAGGUACGUGAAAUGUUCAAUGCUAGUUUCUCCCUCAACUUCUAUAUGUUCCAUGGUGGCACCAACUUCGGCUUCAUGGGUGGAUCUGCAUCUUUGGAUAAUUACCUCCCUAUGAUCACGAGCUAUGACUACGGGGCACUGCUGACAGAGAACGGAGAAUAUACUCCUGAGUACUUCUCGUAUCAAGACUUUUUUAGCUUUUCUUUGGGAAUUCCCAAGCAUCCCCAACCAGAUUCUAUACCUAAGGCUACAUAUAAGUCAGUGAUAACACCAUACUACAUUUCCCUGUGGGAUGUCAUGCCCUACUUGGAGGAGCCCAUCAGCUCUGUCAAGCCGAUCUGCAUGGAAAAGCUGUCCGUGAACCAGGGGAGUGGUCAGUCCUCUGGAUACGUUCUUUAUGAGACUAUGAUCAUCUCUGGUGGCCUCCUUACCACAAAGGGUCAUCUUCAAGACCGAGGUCAGGUGUUUGUGGAUGACAUUUAUAUAGGAAUCCUGGACCAUUCCACUAAUCAUCUGACCAUUCCCACAAAAAUGGUCUACAAGAAUAACCCAACGCUGCGGAUCCUGGUGGAGAAUCAAGGCCGCCUUGCCUAUGGGCAGAACAUCAACAAGGAGAGAAAAGGUUUAAUUGGCGAUAUCUAUCUGAACAAUUCUCCUUUAAGAAAAUUUAAAAUCUACAGCCUGGAUAUGAAAACUAAAUUUCUACGAAGGGACCUUCCUAACAUCUGGAAACCAGUCGUAUUCAAACAUCAGGGCCCUGCCUUCUUCCUUGGUAUCCUGAGAAUGGGUAAUUACCCCAGAGACACUUUCAUAAAAAUGGAGGGCUGGACAAAAGGUGUAAUAUUCAUCAAUGGACAAAAUCUGGGACGCUACUGGAAUAUAGGUCCCCAGGAGACCCUCUACCUUCCAGGACCCUGGCUUCGUCCUGGAUCAAAUGAAAUUAUUGUGUUUGAGGAAUUUAAGCCCGGCCUGCAGAUCCACUUCACAAAUAUGUCUCAUCUAGGAUAUUGACUCUUGAGUGGUGUGACAUAACGUAGGAAAUGGAUUGCGAUGAGUCACUUCAACGGUGGGGCUGUGAGCAACCCACCCGUCCUGACACCUCCGUUGCUGCGACUACCUUGGCUUCUCCACUCUCCCAAUCCCUGCUUUGGGCUGACCACCCACUUCCUAAGUUGCCAGUAUAUUCCUCUUUGGGCCUGGGUCAGCUAACUUUUUCUGAUGCUCCUAAUGAAAUCAGCCUACUCCGUGCAUGCCCUUUGUCCUGUUGCUACAAUAAAGGCUGCUUGACCACCAAAUAAAAUGCUGAAAAACUGAGAUACUCAAUACUUGACCCCACGAGUGUAAAUUUGAAGCAAAAGUGAUCUUUCAAAGAUAUCAAAUAAAAUGUAAAUGUUAAUGCA